AUGACAACCUCUCCACCACCCUCAACCCUGCAUCAUGCGCCUCUCCCGCCUCCCAGCUCUCUCAGGCUGCUCCUCCACUCUUUCAAGACGUCUUUACUCUUCAUCGCGUACCAUACAAAAAAACGACGUUCUCUUUCUACGCCAACAGGGCCUCAGAGCUCCGAAAUGGCACCUUACGUCCCCUCUUCGCGCCGACAACCUUCUGGACGCUCUCUCACUAUACAUGAGCCGACUUUGGCUUCUUACAUCAUUAAUAGCCCACGACAAGCUACACCGAUCUACCCCCAUCAUGCCAAUACUAUCGUGUCACUACUCGACUUGAACCUUUCCCGACCUGGUGAGGAAGAAUACGACUUAGACACCGACCAAACCCCUUCGCAGUUCGAAAUAUUUGAAGCUGGUACAGGUAUGGGGAGCUUGACGCUGCAUCUCGCUCGUGCCCUUCAUGCAGCCAACACAGCUGUGCCUCCAAGCCUACGUGAUUCUCUUUGCACUGCGCGCUACAAGACCGACGAAUUUGGCCUUGAACUUUCCGAGGAAGAUCAAGCUGCCUAUGACUCCUACCGCUCUAGUCGCCGAGCUGUACUACACACUCUAGACCGCAAUCACAAGCACUCGCGUGCUGCACACAAACUAGUACGGCAAUUUCGCCGUUCGCUUUACUUCCCCACCAUCGACUUCCAUGUCGGCUCCAUUGACGAGUAUAUCUCGUCCCGUCUGGCAGAGACGGAUAACCAACCUUUCCUCUCCCACGCUAUUCUUGACCUUCCAUCCGCCCACGAUCAUGCUUCUCAUGUCAUUCAGGCUCUCCAUCCCAACGGCCUUCUUAUCAUAUUCACACCCUCAAUCAGUCAGAUUGCCGACUUUCAAACCUGGGUUCUCCGAACACGUCAGCCAAUGCGCCCCGAAAGAGUCAUCGAGCUUGAGGUAUCGACGACAGCGGACGGUGUCCUCGAUACUGGCGGUGGUAAGGAGUGGGAUGUUAAGACUGUCAUCCCUAAAGAAACCCCCGACGGCGCCCCCGUGCAAGUAAUGCGACCCAAGGUGGGUGAUCGCGUUUCUGGCGGUGGGUUUGUAGCUGUCAUGAGGCGAUGGCCUGUCAGUCAGAUGUCCUCUCAGGUUGAGUCUGCAGCCCAAGAAGAGGGGAACACUGAUCCAAAAGAAGCGCUUAUGUCUGAUGAUACGGUUGAUACUGAGCCAGAUAAAAGUGCAUCAAGUUUAUAG